CCACGCCCCUUUAGAGAGUGCCAGUUGGGCGAUCUGUCUUCCUCACGGAGAACGUGGGCGUCCUAUAGAUCAGCCACUCCACGAUGGCACACCGCCAGAUUACCCGGCAGCUCCUUGCCGGCGCAUGCAUCACUAUCUUUUUAAUCUUUCUCUUCUUGAUCCAACCUCAAGGUCCGCCGAGUCCCGCCACUCGGGCUCCUGGCCACCUCGACAAAUCCGCGCCGGCCGUGGUGUCCAAAGAUGAUCUGAUCAAAGGGGAGGUGGUGAUGCCCAAGCUUGGGAAUGCGACGGCAAAGGCGGAAUUAGGCCGUGCGACCUGGAAAUACUUCCAUACCAUGCUGGCUCGGUAUCCCGAAGAUCCGACCGAGGAGCAGCAGGAAACCUUACGCUCUUUUAUCUAUCUCUUUGCGCGACUCUAUCCAUGUGGCGAAUGCGCCUCGCACUUCCAAGGUCAUUUGAAAAAGUAUCCCCCGCAGGUCUCGUCGCGCAAUGCGGCUGCUGGAUGGGGCUGCUUCAUCCACAACGAGGUGAACAUCAUGCUCGAGAAACCUGAAUUCGACUGCAACAAUAUCGGCGAUUUCUAUGACUGCGGCUGUGCGAAAGACGAAGAGGACGAGGAUGAGGAUCUGACCACAAACAAGGAUCUGCCCAGUGCGCGGAGGGAGGCCGAUAAUGACGACGCACUGCCGCUGGUCGAGAUCAACAGGGAACCGACUACUCGAGGUUGAACGCUGCGCGCUUUUAUCUCGACAUCUCUGACCCAUUCCACUCCCUUGUGACUUAUUCUCUUUCUUUCACAUUAUACAUACUCUCCGCCAGUGCCGGAUCGCUGGGUGCACUGAGCCGGUUCGUGCACGGUAGUUUCAGUUGUAUAUACCAUUACAACAUUCAUCUUCAAGAUACCUACAUACCACGGCCCUGGAGCUUCAUCUUGCACAAGGGCCUCAAGUUCGAUCCGGGUUGCGAUUCAUAGUAGUGGUGGCUUGACUGUUUAAUAUCGCAUGCGAGGUAGACGGCAAACCGGAGGGAUGACGUCUUUGUGUCCUCUACUGCUGGACGAACCAGUCAUGGGUCGUCUGAAUCCUGAUUGUGCAUUGCUGCCCUGACAUGGGCGCAUGGCUCUUGCGA